AUGGCGAGCAAGGGCAUGAAGGCCAGCACCAACCUGCAGGCGCGCAUCAAGAAGAUGAUGCAGUCGGAUGAGGACGUGGGCAAGGUGUCCAAAGCCUCGCCGGUGCUCAUAGCCAAGGCUCUGGACAUUUUCCUGCAGAGCAUGGUGGAUGGGGCGGCACGAAUUGCAGAGAGCCGGGGCGCCCGCAUGUUGACGGCCUCGCACAUCAAGGCACACAUUCAAGGGGAGGAAUUGCUCGACUUUCUGAAGGAUGCGGUGGCAGCAGUGGCGGAGCUGCCGCCGGCCGGCGCGGAACCAGUCAAGGGCGCCAAGCAGAAGCGCCAAAGGGCGAAGAACAGCGGCAACGAAGGCGAGGCUGGACCUUCCAAGGUUCGCAGCAGGGGCGGCAGAGGGGGAAGGGGGGGCAAAGGGCGCAAGGGCACCAGCGACGAAGAUGCAGCAGCGGUAUGCGAACGAGCAGCCCCAGCCGGCAACGACUCUGCUGGUUGUGUGAGAGAUGAAGACCACGCCGCAGGGGACUUGGCGGAUGCAGACACUGCCCAGCAGCAGCAGCAACAGCAUCAGCCUGAGGCGCAGCAGGAGGCAUCCGCCGGGCAGGGAGGGCCAACAAUUGCACCAGCCGUGCCGCAGCAGGAAGAGGGCGGCACAGGCGGCGUUGAACCUGGGGCAGGAGGUGGGAUGCCGCUCGUCAGUGUGCCCAGCUUCCUCGCUGCAGCUGCGGUUCCGGGGGCGGAGGCGGAGGAGGAGGACUAUGACGCCUGA